CUCGCCCCUCCCUGAUCAAUGAGGGCUUAUUUAAAUGAUCUCUGAGGUCUUGGACCCAGGCCAAUCAGCUGUCAGGGCUCAUGAUAAAUCGCAAUGCAUUAUUGAUAAUAAUAAUUACUGGGACAUGCGCGUUCUGGCCGAAGGGGGGUAAAUUUCCUAACUCCAGGAAUUUGUGGCGGAGUGGGCAAAUUACCGCGGCUCUCCAGGCGGCCCGAUGCUCGCACCAUGUCGAGGCGCAAGCAGGCGAAACCCCAGCACAUCAACUCCGAGGAGGACCAGGGCGAGCAGCUGCCGCAGCGGCCGGCCGCGGAGUUUGCAGAUGCGGCCCCAGCGGCGCCGGCGACGGGGGAGCCGGGUGCUCCAAUGAACCACCCAGGGAGUGGCAAUGACGUCAGCAGGGCUGGGGUGUCAGGGAAGAGGCCUCGUCGGGAGGAGACUCACGUCUGCGAGAAAUGCUGCGCGGAGUUCUUCAGCCUCUGCGAGUUCCUGGAACACAAGAAAAGUUGCACUAAAAAUCCCCCCGUCCUCAUCAUGCCCGACGGCGAGGGGCCGGUGCCUUCAGAAGACUUCUCCGGGGCGGUGCUGGGCCACCAGCCGCCCAGUCCAAGCAGUAAGGACGGUCCCAGGGAGGAUGGCGGCGGCCCGGGGGACACGAAGGAGAAGCUGGGGGCCGAGUCCGUCGUGUUCUUGAAGACUGAGACGGCCCCGCCGCCCGCGUCCCAGGACGUGAGCUGUCUGCCCAAAGGCAAGGUGGCCAGCACCAACGUCACCCUCCAGGCCCUGCGGGGCACCAGGGUGGCCGUGAACCAGCGAAGCGUCGAGGCGCCGCCGGCCCCCGUGCCCGGCGCCAGCAGCAUCCCGUGGGUCCUCGAGCAGAUCCUGUGCCUCCAACAGCAGCAGCUGCAGCAGAUCCAGCUCACGGAGCAGAUCCGCGUUCAGGUGAACACGUGGGCCUCCCACGCCCUCCACUCCGGCGUGGCGGGGGCCGACACCCUCAAGACCUUGGGCAGCCACGUGUCCCAGCAGGUGUCUGCGGCCGUGGCCUUGCUGAGCCAGAAAGCUGCGGGCCAGGGCCUGGCUCUGGACGCCUUGAAACAGGCCAAGCUACCUCACGCGCACGUCCCCGCCACGAGCGGCUCCGUGUCCCAGGGGCUGGCGCCCUUCGCCCUGAAGCCGGACGGGACGAGGGUCCUGCCCAACGUCGUGUCGCGCCUUCCCGGCGCCCUGCUACCUCAGGCCCCCGGCUCUGUGCUCUUCCCGAGCCCUUUCUCCACCGUGGCGUUAGACCCGUCCAAGAAGGGGAAGGGGAAGCCCCCGAACGUGUCCCCGGUGGAGGUCAAGCCCAAAGACGAGGCCGUCCUCUGCAAGCACAAGUGUAAGUACUGUAGCAAGGUUUUUGGGACCGAUAGCUCCUUGCAGAUCCACCUGCGCUCCCACACCGGCGAGAGACCCUUCGUGUGCUCUGUCUGCGGCCACCGCUUCACCACCAAGGGCAACCUCAAGGUGCACUUUCAUCGACAUCCCCAGGUGAAGGCGAACCCCCAGCUGUUUGCCGAGUUCCACGACAAAAUGGUGGCGGGCAAUGGCGUCCCCCAUGCGCUCUCUGCACCGGUCCCCGUAGACGAAUCGAGCCUCUCGUUAGACAGCAAGCCCGUCCUCGUGACAGGGACCCCCAGUGCAGGGCUACCUCAGAGUCUCUCUGCGGGGACUAACCCCAGGGACCUCGCGGGCGGCCCCCCGCCCGGCGACCUGCAGCCCGGGCCUUCUCCAGAGGGCGGGGAUGGCUCCCUGCUGCUCUCCGGGCUGGGGCCACACCACAGUUCCCCCAGGGUCGGUGGCUUCCAAGGGAGCGGGACGCCCGAGCCGGGCUCGGAGACCCUGAAGCUGCAGCGGCUGGUGGAGAACAUCGACAAGGCCACCGCCGAGCCCAACGAGUGUCUCAUCUGCCACCGGGUCCUGAGCUGCCAGAGCUCCCUCAAGAUGCAUUACCGCACCCACACCGGGGAGAGGCCGUUCCAGUGUAAGAUCUGCGGUCGGGCCUUCUCCACCAAGGGCAACUUGAAGACGCACCUCGGGGUCCACCGGACCAACACGUCCGCCAAGACGCAGCAUUCGUGCCCCAUCUGUCAGAAGAAGUUCACCAACGCGGUCCUGCUGCAGCAGCACAUCCGGAUGCACAUGGGCGGCCAGAUUCCCAACACGCCGCUGCCCGAGAAUCCCUGUGACUUCGCGGGCCCCGAGCCAGCGAUGGUCAGCGAAGACGGCGGUGCGGGGGCCGUCUGUCACGACGAUCUCAUCGAAAGCAUCGACGUCGACGAGCUCGGCCCCCAGGAGGCCCCCGGGAGCUCCUUGAAGGUCCCGCUGCCCCUCCCCAGCGGGCAGGCCGCGUCCCCCACCCUGGGGUUCGCCGUGACGGCUUCCCUAGACGCCCCCCCCGGGAAGGCGGGUCCCGCUCCUCUCGUCCUGCAGCGGCAAAGCAGCAGAGAAAACGGUUCGGUGGAGAGUGACGGCUUGACCAACGACUCGUCCUCCUCGGUGAUGGGAGACCAGGAGUACCAGAGCCGAAGUCCGGACGUCCUGGAGACCACGUCCUUCCAGGCGCUGUCCCCCGCCAACAGCCAGGCAGAAAGCAUCAAGUCCAGAUCUCCCGAUGCCGGUGGCAAAGCAGACAGCGCCGAGAACGGCCGCGCUGACAUGGAAGGUCGUAGCAGCCUGCCAUCGACAUUUAUCCGCGCCCAGCCAGCCUAUGUGAAAGUCGAAGUCCCUGGCGCGUUUGUUGGACCUGCGACCGUGUCCCCAGGCAUGACUCCUUUGCUGGUGGCCCAGCCACGCCGGCAGGCCAAACAGCACGGCUGUGCACGGUGCGGGAAGAACUUCUCCUCGGCGAGCGCCCUCCAGAUUCACGAGAGGACUCACACUGGGGAGAAGCCUUUCGUGUGUAACAUAUGUGGGCGUGCCUUUACCACCAAAGGCAACCUGAAGGUCCACUACAUGACGCACGGAGCCAACAACAGUUCUGCACGCCGAGGGAGGAAGCUGGCCAUCGAGAACACCAUGGCUCUGUUAGGAACUGAUGGGAAGAGAGUUCCCGAGAUGUUUCCCAAGGAAAUCCUGGCCCCUUCGGUGAGCGUGGACCCCGUCGUGUGGAACCAGUACACCACCAUGCUCAACGGAGGUCUGGCCAUGAAGACCAACGAAAUCUCCGUGAUCCAGAGUGGCGGCAUCCCCACGCUCCCAGUUUCCCUGGGGGCUAGCUCCAUUGUGAACAACACCACUAUCUCCAAGUUGGACGGCUCCCAGUCUGCCCUCGGUGCCGAAGUGGAAAAACCGGGUGCUGCUGACGGUGUCCCCAAACACCAGUUCCCUCACUUCCUGGAAGAAAACAAGAUUGCAGUCAGCUAAGCUCCGGAAGGGAUCCCUGGUUGAGGGAGAAAUGCAGAGGCAGAAUGACCUCCCCGACUAUACUUCCCCCCCCCCUUUUUAAAAGAACCCAUCCCCUCCUGUUUGUUUUCUUACUGAUGUGCAAAUGAUGUUUACAGUGUGAGAUCACAACCUCAGGCAAAUCCUACAAUCAGAUGUUAUGCUGCUUUGCAAAAAAAAAAAAAAAAAAUUGAAAAAAAAUUGAAAAAAGAAAAAUUGA